UUGGGAUGUCAAGAUAAUGAAAGCGGACGGUUUAUAACAAUUUGGUUCUCUGAAUGGGUUAUAAUAGAUUCCGGUUCUAUUUUGAUUAAACUGUUACAACCUACAGCUACUUAACACCGUACUAUCGUUUAUAAAAGACACAACCCAUAAGACACCAUUUAUCUUACCGGCAACGAUGAAUCUCUUGAACUCCGACAAGACACCAUUUAUCUUAUCGGACGCUUUCUUGAACUCCUCCGAUUUGUGGCCAUUAGCUCCGGCGAAUCUCAGCCAGCUGCCAUUAUCUCCGGACGCCAUUAACUCCUCCUCCGAUUUGUGGCCAUUGGUUCCGGCGUAUUUCGGCCAGAUCCAGUACGAGGAAAGCAACAUUUCAGCCAGCGCCGUUAAACUCGAAGAUUCAGUUCACUCUAACAUCGAUGACAAAACGACGUCUCAAAACAAACCGCAAAAGAAACGGGGGAGAAAACCGACGCACGGUAAAGAAGAGCCGAUGAACCACGUGGAAGCGGAGCGGCUGAGACGCGAGAAGCUAAACCAAAAAUUCUACGCGUUACGAGCGGUUGUGCCAAACGUAACUAAGAUGGACAAGGCGUCGUUACUUGAAGACACGGUUACGUACAUUAAAGAGCUGAAGUUAAACGUGGAAAACGCUGAAUCGGAGAAUAACGCGAUUAAAAUCCAGCUCAACGAACUCAAUGAGAAGAUUGCAGUAAAGAAAAACGGGAAUUUUAGCGUUUGUAGCGGCAUGGAAAAGGCGUCGGAGAUUGAGGUGAAGAUUGACGUGAAGGUUAUGGAUCGUGACGCCAUGAUUAGAUUGGAAUCGAGCAAGAUGAAUCAUCCUGGAGCGAGACUGAUGAAUGCGUUUAUGGAUUUGGAGGUAGAAGUGAAUCACGUGAGCAUCUCCGUGAUGAAUGAUCUUAUGAUUCAGCAAGCGUCGGUGAAGAUGGGGUCGAGGAUGUACAAGCAAGAGCAGCUUCGGGACUUGUUGUUGUCGAAGAUUAGUUAGGGGUUAAGUUUGUAAUUGCUUGAGGUUUAUGGGGCUACAUUGUAAUUAAGAAAUUGUACUUUGUUUGUCUCAUGACUUCCCAGCCGUUGGAUUAGAUUUUGUGUACGUCACUUUGGUAAUGAUAUGGAUAGGUCUACGUG